ACAGCUUUACAUUUUCGUAAAGCCAGGUGCCACGUGCUUUCAUGUGUAUACGAAAAUGACAAAGUUUUUGAGGUUAUGUAAAUAAAUAUUGGAGUAAAAAUUAAUAAAUCGCAAGAAUUUAAGAAACAAAAAGUGGUAAAAUGAGUUUUUCCAUUUUUGAUUUUGAUAUUGCUCUCUGCAGUGGUGAAAAUGUUGUUAUAUACAAUAUUCAGGAAAAUAAAGAAAGAAUUGUUACUUUGCCGAAAUUGACGGGCAUCCAGGAAAAUAAUACUCACAAUAAUGAAGAUAUUGAAAGUUUUCAUGCUUUAAUGAGUGUAAAUUUCUCCAAUGAUGGAGAAUAUCUUUCGAUUUGCACUAAUCGAAAACAACUGUGUUUGUAUAAAAGAAAAAGCUUAGAAAUUGUGUCAAACCGAACUUUAAUCCGGGCUGCAAGUAAAGUUCGUUUUACGAAAAACAAUGAUAUCGUUGUUGCUGACAAAUCUGGAGAUGCUUAUUUAUUUUCCACGUCGAAACCACUGGAAAAUGGAACUCUCCUUCUAGGGCACCUUUCUAUGUUGCUCGACAUUUUGGUAACGUCUGACGAAAAAUACAUCAUCACAGCCGACCGUGAUGAGAAAAUACGAGUCUCCAAAUUUCCAAACUGUUACAAUAUCGCCUCUUACUGUUUAGGCCACAAAAAAUUCGUGAACAACAUAGCCGAAGUUCCCCACGAUCGGGAAAUUUUAGUCUCUUGUGGUGGCGAUGGAGUCUUCAUAUUCUGGAAUUAUAAAACAGGAACGGAAAUUUACACCUAUCCAUUUAAGGACGGAUUGCAAGAUGAAGACACAGAUAUUAGAAAACUUUCUCGACUUUUGGAAGAGAGUAAUGUGGAGGAAUCUGUGAUCGCUGUGCCAGUAAAACAAAUGCAGAUAUCAAUGCUCAACGACCUAACUUCGAUAAUUUCAAUCAGUUUAUUCUGCUGCAAGCGAGUUUUUAUUUAUUGUGUCACAGGAAAAAAAGAUGGAAAUUUAGUGGUUAAAUAUCUUCAAUCCGUUCUCAUUGAGGAUGAGCCUUUGGAGUGCCACCUAAAAGAAAAUCGUCUCUGGAUCUUAACCAACGAAAAUCUCAAAGUUUACGAACUGGUUGAGAAUAGUUUCUCGAAGGACCUUGAAAUGACGCAGAAGCUUGAAAAAUUAAACGAAUCAUGGAAGAAACUCCGGAGUAAUGCUUCCGAUAGGACACUAUUUCCAAUUUUGUAUAAAAGAAAAUUCGACAAUGUGCAGGAAUAUCAAGAGAGAAAAAAAUCUCGCUUGAUUGACAAAAAAAUUGAGUGAGCCUACUUAAAUCUUGAACUAAAUUUCCCGAUAAUUGCAGAUUUUUUUUUUUUGCUAGUAUAAUUUUUCAUGGUACGGAGAAAUUAAAGUAUUUUGAACUUUUUUAAACAAUCGACUCGGAAUAUGUAUAUAAUAUCGCGAGUUUAUUAUAAAUA